AUGCCCGAAAAGAAGCAUCGGGAUCUCCAAGGUCCAGAUGCGAGUCCGGCCAAUGAGGGAACUCGCUUCAUCGCCGCGAUCGACCAAGCCAAACGACUGCAACAGCAUCCUCUUGAUCCUCAAGACGUUGAGUAUGGGACAUUCUUGGCGACACGUAUGGUUCUGCCGUCAUUCCGUAUGCUACAGAGCCAAAGACUUGACAUUGAGACCCUGGGAAAGACUGUUCCAGAUGAAACGGACCAGACCACGGGAGCGUUGGUGAUCCCUUGGCUUGACGGCGACGACUGGAUCCUGUUUCACGUGGAUAAAGACACCGGCGCCGCAUACAUGUUCGAUCCUACUCCACGGCGAGAGCCAUCACGAGUUGUCGCCUUCUUCCGACAAGCAUACACAGACGCGGGCUAUGGUUCGAUCACUGCCAUGUGGCGUGUUCCCGCUGGAACGCGAACCGACAAGUGGUCCAGCGGUUGGUGGGUGGUCGAGAAGGUCCUCAUGUUAGUCACAGGCAGAGACAUCAAGUCUAUUGGCUUCGCGGUAGUGAAGUCUGAGGACGUCCCGUACGAAACAGACUUUGCGAAGACGACGGACAUGAUAGCGGACUUUCUGCAAAUGCGCUACGUCCGGGAGCCUGACCAAAGCGGGAACAGAGUUGUUUCCGUGCUUAUGGACCUCAAGUACCCCAUCCUUCCUUUCCUCUGGUUGUCCGGGAGCAGUGCUCAAGUAGAUACCUACGCUAUUCAUCAUGAUAGACCCGAACUCGUCAAGCGAAGUUAUGAGAAGUAUCAUCUCAAUCGUUCUCUGUCUUUGGACCCUAUGGCAAUUUCUAAGCGGGGCGGAGGUAGAUUAUGA